AUGAAGGGCACCAAGCUCGCGGCGAUCCUGAUCCUCCAGGCCGUCCUGGUCAUGGGAGUCCUCUCGCACGUCAACGGCCGACUUCUUCCCCAAGUGCUGCAACAACUGCAGGUCCUUCUCGGGGGUCGACGUCUGCGACGACGCCCACCCCAAGUGUCCCAAGGGCUGCUCGGCGUGCCGCGUGGUGUCGACGAGCCCCGAAAUGUGGCGCUGCGCGGAUAUGAAAUCCACCGUCGACGGCACCUGCGGUGGACCCUGCAAGAAGUACUGAUCGGUUCAUGCCGGCAUAUGAUAUGUUCCGCCUAA